AAUUAAUAUACUCUGAAAAUAAUUGGUGAGUAAUUGUAUGCUGUGUGGCUAUAAUGCUGAAUAAUUACUGAGUUUUUUAUUCCACUCUUGGGAGUACCUAUGAGAUAUUUCAUGUAUUUGUUCAUGUUGGAAUUAAAUGCAAAAGUCAAUUUCCUUCCAUUGAAUUAAUUUUUCAAACCUAAGUACAAACAUUUCCCUGCAUUUCAUAAUGAAAACAGUCCCAAGAUAUUAAAAAAAGAGUCUGGCCCAUAAGCUACUUUUUUCAACACACUAAGUAAAGCUUGCCCUGCUGUGAGUUCUCCACAAAUACAAGUUUGGUGAUGUAAUAUAAUCAAUGUCUACAAGGUCUACGUAUCCUAGCAAGAUAAUAAAUAACUGGUGAUCAAAACAGAGCAUCUUAGAUUAUAUCUAACAUUUCCUUUGCGCUGAGUAAUCCACACUUCCACCUGCGUAUGUUUGGAAGCAACAGUUCAGUGCAAUUGGAUGUGCAGUGUGUUUUUUAAAAAAAUCAACGAGCAAAGAAUGAGAAAGCUUAGAAAGGCAAUAGCAUUGUAUCAUUGUGAUGGUGGCAAUUUGUAAUAAGAGCGGUAUUCCAGAAUGGAAAUCUAUUCGAAUUGAGAAACAAUGAGACAAAAAAAAAAUAGGUGUCUGUCCACAGUAGUUUUGUUAUAGAAGUUUUUGCAGGUCAGGCAGCUUCUGAGGAAAGUUCAUGUUUCAGGUUGAAGACAUUUCAUCAGAAUAUUCUGAGGAAGAAUCUUCAGCCUGUAAUGUUAACUGUUUUCACUUUCUACAGAUGUUGAUUGACCUUCUGUCAUGGUCCAGUCCAUGAAGUCUGCAUUCCAGUUCACGGUCCGGUCCAUCGACCCUUGCUCCAGGUUUUCCUGUCUACCCUGUUUCUGUUCCUGUUGAGCACUAAUUGAGGCAGCUGAUUCUUGUUGGGGCUGGCUGCAUAAAUACCUUCAGAGACCAGGGCGUGGCUGCUGGAUUGUUCUUGUCCUUACUCCUUGUAUCCCUUCCCCUGCCUUCUGUUUUCUCGCCUGAAGCCCUGCCUUGUCUUGCCGGUAACUCUCGCCUCGCUUCGCCUGUAGUCUUGUCUUGGAGCCACCCUGUACCGAGCUCCCUUCCUGUCCCUUGCCUCCGCUGGGUAAGUCAGGCUGUAUUGCCGUUACCCUGUGGUUGUUUCUGUCCCUUGCCUCCAUUAGGUAAGCCAGGCUGUCUUGCUGUUACCUGCGGUUGGUUCUGUCCCUUCCUGUCCCUUGCCUCCGUUGGGUAAGCCAGGCUGUCUUGCCGUUAUCUACGGUUGAUUCUGUCCUUUCCUGUCCCUUGCCUCUGCCGGGUAAGUCAGGCCAUCUUGCCAUUACCCUGUGGUUGGUUCUGUCCCUUGCCUCCAUCGGGCGGAGUACUGUGCCCUGCCCAGGGGUACCGUGCCCUGCCCAGGAGGAGCUUUAAGACCCCGCCUCAAGCCUCGCCCCAAGCCAAGCUUCAAGACCCCAAGCCUCGAGCCUCUAGUCUCAAGCCUCGCCUCAAGUCUCUAGUCUCAAGCCUCUGGUCUCCAGCCUCGCCUCAAGCCUCUGGUCUCCAGCCUCGCCUCAAGGCUGAAGACUCCAGCCUCAUCCUGCCUGCCAGCCAAGUCACAUCCUUGCCUAGUUCUGGGGCCCGAGCCAGGGGCAAGACCCAGGUUCUGGGUCCUUGUCCAGUCUCUGGCUCAGAGCCCAAGCCCUGGCUCCUAGCUCUCUUGUCCAGCCCUGUUCCGGGUUCCCAGUUUUCUUGUCCAUGUCCUAGCCCUUGCCCUGUAUCCUAGUCCUGUCCCUAGUACUUCCGUAUCCUUGUCUUGCACUUGGGUCCGUUCCCAGCCACCUCCUUAUGACACUUUCUGGGCUUUUCCAGCAUCAUCUCCGAAGCUAGUUUCCUACUGGGGCAUAGACUGCCAACUGCAGCUCAGCAGAGUCCUUGGUCCUGAGCCAGUAUUUGGUUUGCACUUUGCCCAGGUACACUCCAUCUUACGUCUUCAAGGUGAAGAUCCUUCUUGUUCCAGGGAUGAGGUCUUUGGAGCUUCUGUUGCCGUAGCUCUGGGUUUCUAUGGGAGGGGUUUGUUAGGGUCUUGUAAGAGACCCUCGGAUGGGUAUAUGGAGCUUAGGAAAACAGAAGGCUAUGCAGUAAGGAAAUUCUAGGCAGUUUCCAGAGUGGGUUACAUGGUCAGCACAACAUUGUGGGCCGAAGGGCCUACAAUGUGCUGUAGACUUCUAUGUUCUAUGCCCAACACACCACCUUUUGCAGUCAGGCUUGGGAUGUCUGUGGCAGAGUUUUUCUCCCCCCAAUAUUUUGUUUUUUUUUAAAUUUUCAGCAGCUGCAAUUUAAAAAAAAUCAUCCAGUUUGAUGCCAUGAUAUGAUUCACUUAAAAAGCAAUCAUCCAUCAAGAACAUUUUUUUUCUUGUGUGCAGAUCAUGUUGUGCAAGUUAACGGAUCCUGGCCUCUCCAGGUAGCUAAGCUGUUCUGGCUAGGAUGCUAAAUUCCAUAAAGAUACUUAAAUUAUCUGAUCUCAGCAGCUUCGAAAGAUCCUAAGAUUCCCACUGAGGUCCUUGGAUUUGAGGUUUGGGAAAUAGCAGCAAUUCUCCAUUGUCCUGAGCACCUGCCGUUCACACGUACGCAAAAAAAAUUGUUACCUUUUUUUAGGUAUCACCUCAAAAAUCGGAUUUCGCCAGGAUACCAGUGGAUAGCGGAAGAAAGGGAGUGUGCAGAAAACCGUUUGUAGGCGGAGCGAAAUUCGUCAUCAUUUGAAAUCAAACAACGAGGGUCUCCCUGGUGGGCUCCUCAAGAAGGGAGCCGAAACUCGGGAAGGGUGGGAGCUUAUGUGACCUGAAAUAUUCACAUUACUCGUUGAGUUACGGUUGUCAUGACAGGCAUCUUUGUCGAUUUCCAUGAACGUAGCGUGCAAUGUAACCGAAAGAUUGUUUCAUACUUGUAAUUCUGCAAGGGUGAAACAAAUUGCAAUGAAGAACAAGCAUGAGGUAUGACGUGAAUGUUUGAAAAUUCCACCACAGCCCGGCUGACGGUGACUUGUUUGUAAAGUUCCUGCUGCGCGGUCUCUUUCCCACGCCCCCUGCUGUACUGCAAUCGGCCAUUAGUUGGAUGUUCUCCUAUUUUGGUAAUCGGACGGCCCCUGAAAUUUGACUUACAACUGACUCUCCGGUGCUCGUCAGUGGGAUACACACCGUCUGAAACCGAAGAGGUGCUGCAGUUCGCAUCGCUGAUUGGAGUCCUGCUCUCUGCUGCUAGUUUGAAGUCGGUGCGUUGGGUUUUCGUUUGUGAAUUAGGACAAAAUGAGCUGCAUUCCCGGAAAGAGCAGGGGAUGCGGAGGAACGUUCCUUUGAAGUCUCUCAUGUGGGCCAUAGUAAGCUGGACCGGGAGAGCCGCAGCAUUGCCGAAAUCAGCGGCUCCGCUCGCACCAUGAACGCCGACCGGGAGACGGCAGAAGCCCUGGCGCCUGCCGAGGGAGACGCCGGGACAGCGCUCUCACCGGCCAGCAGCGUGCCAGCCGGCACUUACUGGCAGGACCACACGGUGCCCGCCACCGCACCCGCCCUGGUGCCGACAGCUCGCCUAAAGAACCGGCCGACCACCGUGGUGUAUGUGGAGAACGAGGCGGCUCAGCAGCAGCUGGCCGAGAGCUUGGCGCUGCAGUGUCUGACGGAAGCGUGCGAGAGUGUCAGCGCCGACCUGCAGACUGUACCCUUCGAGAAACUGGACUUCGGAGAGACAGCCGUCCUGGACUACUUUUAUAACGCAGAUAUCGCUGUGGUGGAGAUGAGUGAUGCUUUCCGUCAGCCUUCCCUGUUCUAUCAUCUUGGAGUGCGAGAGAGUUUCAGCAUGGCAAAUAAUAUCAUUUUAUAUUGCGAUACAAAUUCCGAUACACUUCAGUCACUGCAGGAAAUAAUAUGCCAGAAGAAAAACGCAUCGUGUGGGAACUACAGCUUUAUUCCAUACAUGGUGACACCACACAACAAGGUUUACUGCUGUGAAAGCAGCUACAUGAAGGGCUUGAGUGAGCUAAUGCAGCCAAAUUUUGAGUUGUUGCUUGGGCCAAUCUGCAUGCCAUUAGUCGAUCGCUUUGUUCAGUUGCUGAAGGUUGCACACGUCAGCUGCUGUCAGUACUUCAGGGAAACCAUCCUGAAUGACAUCAGGAAGGCCCGUGAGCUCUACAGUGGCAAAGAGUUGGCCACAGAGCUGGGACGCAUAAGAAAACGCCUGGACAAUGUUGAAGUUCUCUCUGCUGACAUUAUCAUUAACUUGCUUCUUUCCUACCGAGAUAUUCAGGACUACAAUGCCAUUGUAACAUUGGUAGAGACUUUGGAGAGACUCCCAACCUGUGAUCUGAUGGACAAUCUUCACAUUAAAUUUCAUUAUGCCUUUGCAUUGAAUCGGAGAAAUCUUUCAGGAGACCGGCAAAGUGCCAUUGCUAUAUUACUGCCAAUGGUGCAAUCAGAGGAGCAAGUUCCGUCUGACAUCUAUUGCCUCUUAGGAAGGAUCUACAAAGACAUGUUUCUGGAUUCUGGCUUUCAAGAUACCGAAAGCCGAGACAACGGUGCUUACUGGUACGGAAAGGCUUUUGAAUCAGAGCCAACAAUACACUCUGGGAUAAAUUUAGCUGUACUUCUUCUCGCAGCAGGACAUCAGUUUGACACAUCGUUUGAGCUACACAAAACAGGUGUGAAACUCAGCAGCCUUCUGGGGAGGAAGGGAAACUUGGAAAAAAUACAGAGUUACUGGGAUGUGGGCUUUUUCCUUGGUGCCAGUAUGUUAGCAAAUGAUCCACAUCGAGUUAUUAUGGCUUCUGAGAAGCUCUUUAAACUCAAAGCACCUGCCUGGUAUUUGAAGUCUGUUGUACAAACCAUCCAUAUAUAUCAACGGUUUAAGAAGCAGACUCCAGAGCAGCCUUCGGAAUGUCAGGACCUGAUGGACUUCUGGAUGGAUUUCAUUGUUGAAGCCACCAACGAGGCUGUGUCCUUAGUUCGAUUUCCUGUUUUAAUCUUAGAGCCAACCAAAGUCUUCCAGCCUGCUUAUUUAUCCAUUAACAAUGAGGAAGAAGAAAAGACGGUGUCUAUUUGGCAUGUAUCACCAAGUGAUAAGAACGCCAUAUACGAAUGGAACUUCAAUGCAACUUCAAUCAGGGGCGUGAGUGUUUCCAAGUGUGACGAACGUUGUUGUUUCCUGUAUGUUCUGCAUAAUUCCGAUGAUUUUCAGAUAUACUUUUGCACAGAGCAUCAUUGCAAAAGGUUCUGUGAAAUGGUGAAUUCUAUAACAGACGAGCUAAGAAAAGGUGUAGAAGAAGGAGACUCCGAGGGAGAUGCAUUGGAGUACGACUAUGAAUAUGACGAGAAUGGUGAGAAGGUUGUACUGGGUAAAGGUACUUUCGGAGUCGUCUAUGCUGGUAGGGACCUGAGCAAUCAAGUCAGAAUUGCCAUCAAAGAAAUUCCAGAAAGAGACAGCAGAUAUUCACAGCCCCUCCAUGAGGAAAUUGCUCUUCAUAAACACCUCAAACACAAGAACAUCGUGCAAUACCUGGGCUCCAUUAGUGAAAAUGGCUUCAUUAAGAUCUUUAUGGAACAAGUUCCUGGAGGCAGCCUUUCUGCUCUCUUACGAUCAAAAUGGGGCCCACUGAAGGAUAAUGAACAGACGAUUGGAUUUUACACAAAGCAGAUCCUAGAAGGACUGGAAUACCUUCAUGACAAUCAAAUAGCACAUCGAGAUAUUAAGGGUGAUAACGUGCUGAUCAACACCUACAGUGGGAUCUUGAAAAUUUCAGAUUUUGGUACUUCUAAAAGACUGGCAGGAAUCAAUCCUUGUGCUGAAACGUUCACAGGAACGCUUCAGUACAUGGCUCCUGAAAUAAUAGACAAAGGACCGAGAGGAUAUGGGAAACCUGCCGACAUAUGGUCACUGGGAUGUACGAUUAUUGAGAUGGCUACAGGGAAACCUCCGUUUUAUGAACUCGGAGAACCUCAAGCUGCUAUGUUUAAGGUUGGAAUGUUUAAAAUUCAUCCAGAUAUUCCAGAAUCCAUGUCACCAGAAGCCAAAGCAUUCAUUCUCCGUUGCUUUGAACCAGAACCUGAUAUACGAGCUACUGCUACAGAGUUGCUAUUAGAUGAGUUCCUGAAGGUUACCAGCAAGAAGAAAAAGACCCCACUAAAACAACAAGAUUAUUUUCGCAGCAUAUCCCUUCCCGUUCCAGUCGUUGUGGAGGAAUUAAGUAGUGGCAGUGAAUUUGGUUCAGUUUCACCAGAUUCUGACUUGAAACAGGAUCCAUUCUUUUUCAAGACAAGGGCAAAAUCCUGUAUUGAAAAGGAGACCAAACCAACAAGACCUUUGUUACUCAGUAUCCCGGAUGAUCAUUUUGAAGAUCACAGUGCACCACCAUCACCUGAGGAGAAGGAUGCUGGGUUCUUCAUGCUGAAGAAAGACAGUGAGAGGAGAGCCACCUUACAUCGGAUUCUCUCAGAGGAUCAGGACAAGGUUGUGAAAAACCUGCUUCAAUCUCUGAUGCAGGGUUCUGAAGAACCAAAACUGAAAUCGGAGCAUAUCUGCACACUUGUUGUUAGUUUAAGAGAGUUUGUGAGAUCAACUGAUCGCAAAAUUAUCUCAGCCACACUUUCCAAGCUGAAGUUGGAGCUGGACUUUGACAAUCAUGCCAUUAAUCAAAUUCAGGUGGUGCUGUUUGGUUUCCAAGAAGCUGUAAAUAAAGUCUUGAGAACACACAAUAUUAAACCUCACUGGAUGUUUGCUUUGGAUAACAUUAUUCGCAAAGCUGUGCAGACAGCUAUUACUAUUCUUGUUCCUGAACUGCGACCACAUUUCAGUCUUGCAUCUGGGAGUGAUGCUGCAGACCAAGAAGAAACAGAUGUUGAGGAUAAUGCAGAUGUUGAUGAUAAUGCAGAUGUUGAUGAAAAUCACAAUGAGCCACCCCGCUGUGAAAUUCAGCAGCGGUCUGCUGUGAAUGAGGACCGAAUACCAACAUCGGGUGUGAGCACACUUAGUUCAACUAUAUCACAUGACUCUCAGUAUAUACACAGGUCCUUGACCAUGCAAUUGGGGAGGCUUAAAUUGGAAACUAGCAGACUUUUAGAAGAACUCAUUCAAAAAGAAAAGGACUAUCAGAUUCUUCUUCACCAAGCCAUUGAAGAUAAAGAACAAGAAAUUAAAUUGCUCAAACUGAAGUCAGAACAAACAGACUUACCGACUCUGUCAGUGUGUCACUAUGAUUCUUCUCCGGUAAACACUGGAGACCCUGAACUUAUUAGCUGGUUGAAAGAACAUGGAGCUGAUGAAGAUACGAUAGACAAGUUUGUGGCAGAUGAUUACACUCUGAUGGAUGUCCUCAACUACAUGACAAGAGAUGAUCUGAAAUGCUUGAGGUUAAGGGGUGGAAUGCUUUGCAAAUUGUGGAAAGCAAUCAUUGAGAACAGGAAGAAAAUGGAAUCUACUUCCCCAGUAGAUCAUGUGUAAGGAGCCUGUAAUGGGACACACAAAAGUAUCUCUUCAUGAAGUACUAGCACUUUAAAAGAAAAUUUGACAAUGUCUUGUUUAUGAGUCUGCUGCAAUACAGAUAAAUGGGGGCCGGGGGGAGAGAAAAAAACCUGAAACACUGACAAAUGCACGUGUGUUGCCAACAGAUAUUCAAUUUAGCUGGCUGUUUAUAUUCAAAAUAACCAUAUCUGAAAAAGUGAUUAAACAGGUAUUUAAGGAGUAAUUUUCCAACAUCUAUAUUCACUGUGAACGAGGAUCACAGAUCUUUGAUCCUCGUUCACAAUUAAUAUGAAUUGGAAACCUAUAAACAGGGUGUAAAUUAUUUGCCAGCCUUGAAUUAAAGAUGUGCAGACAUUUUGAAUUUACAAAGCAUCUACAGUCCCAAUGGGUUUAAACUCUGUGCAGAGAGCACAGAAUCCAAUUACAUUUUAAGUUCUAUUUUUGAAUUUUUCUUUUAAACAUGGGGGGAAACAAUUGUGCACUAAAUUCUGUUUUUUAUAUAUUGUUUUGUGCUCUUUUGGACGACAUUUUGCUGAACUACUGUUAAUGUACAAACGUAUAUUGCGCAAAACUGCACAUAACUUUUUUACAAUGUUUGUAAUGUAGCCACUGUCGUAAGUUGUCUUAACUUUUUUUCUGCCUUUGAACAACCUGAGUUACUGUAGUAAAUUUUGUAAAUGCACAUAGGUUAUAUAUGUAAUUGUCCCAGUUUUUGUAAUGUAAAUUAUAUGGCUUUAUGUUGUAUAAAUAGUUAGUCCCAUUCCCUUUGAUGGAUGGUGAAAUAUGUUUAAAAUCAUCAUAUUAUGAUUCACUUUUAUUGUUGAUCUUUGUGUCACAAAUUACUUGUUCUAAAGAUAAAUACUUUGAUAGCCACUUUUAGCAAUAAAUGAAAGAAAAUUACAAAC